AUGUCUAAAUUGCAAAAAAUGCGCGAUUGCGGCUACGAUGUUCGUAGUAUAUGGGAAUGCGAGUUUGACGAGGUGAAAUUGAGAAACCAAGAGAUCGCCUCCUACGUGAAAAAUCAUUCUCUGGUGAGUCGAAUAACUUUAAAUCCGCGAGAUGCAUUUUUUGGAGGGCGAACAGAAAACAUCAUACCUUUUUACAAAGUCAAAGACGGCGAGAAAAUCAAAUAUACAGACAUUUGUUCGCUGUACCCGUACAUCUGUAAGCGUGGAAAAUUCCCAAUCGGUCAUCCGCGUAUUUUGGUAGGUGAAGAGUGUCGCGAAUUGAUUGGCGAUGAUUACAACAAUCUUGACGGUGCCGAGGGCUUGGUCAAGUGCAGAGUUUCACCGCCGCGAAAUUUGUAUAUGCCGCUGCUGCCUGUUAAAAUGCACGGUCACCUCCCCUUUGCGCUAUGUCGCUCUUGUUGCGCCGAGGCGCGCACCGAAGAUUGUCAUCACGAGCAAAUAGCGGAUCGUGAGUUUACCGGUACUUGGGUGGCGGACGAGCUGCGCAAAGCCGUUGAGCUCGGUUAUCGCAUAAGCGAGAUAUACGUCAUUUGGCUGUACGAUACGACGCGCUUCGAUGGUACGAAAGGUGGGCUCUUUGCGCAGUAUGUAAAUCUAUUUUUGAAGAUAAAACAAGAAGCCUCCGACUGGCCCAGCUGGUGUAUCAACAAAAAUGCGAAAGCGCGGUAUUUAGCCGAGUACGAGCGCGAUGAGGGUAUCGUUCUAGAUCGUGAAAAAAUUAAGAAAAAUCCUGGAUUACGGGCUGUUGCCAAACUUUGUUUAAAUAGCUUAUGGGGCACGCCUCGACUGUAUGGUUACUUGGAAAAACUCGGAUCGCGCCUACUAUACUGCGAUACAGACUCGAGCAUUUUUGUGAAAAAUGAAAACGACCCGGCCGAAUAUGAGCCGCCAAUAGGUAAUCUCUUAGGUGCUAUGACGGAUGAGUUAAGAAGUUAUGGCGAGGGUACUAUAAAAUCUCUAAUUGACGAUGAAUUUAGUGAAAAUGCCGACAAAAGCGACAACGACAAUGACGAUCGCGACACCGGCAAGGACAAGUGA